AAAGGAGAGCUCUCUCAAAUCACUAGGAAAUUAACCCAAAUAUUCCUCGACGUUUCGACUUCUUACUCCGGCCACCGUGGUGAUGAAACGACACCUUUUAGUGUUUGUGCAGCUGGGAUGAUCCUGAUAAAAUGUUCACUGAAGUUGAGGGCUUAUCCGAAGGCAGAUUAAUAUGUCUGUUCUCCUAGUGUGCAACCUUUCCAUGCUAUAGCAUUUCCCAUUGAUCCGAUGCUUGCACUUGAUACAAGCCGUGAAUAUGCUGCUCAUUCCUCCUUGGCUGCAUUUCGUUUUGCUCUUCCUCCUUUUAACCAUCCUGCUCCAAUUCCUAUUAAGCAUGAUGAUGGAAAUCAGAGGCUAAAGGUUGGUUAUAUGAGCAGUGACUUAGGCAAUCACCCCUUGUCACACCUCAUGGGAUCAGUAUUUGGCAUGCAUAAUAGAGAGAAUGUAGAGGUAUUUUGCUAUGCCUUGAGUCAAAAUGAUGGCACUGAAUGGAGACAGCAUAUCCAGUCUGAAACUGAGCAUUUUAUAGAUGUAUCUGCCAUGACAUAAGAUAUGAUUGCCAAAAUGAUUAACAAUGACGGAAUACAGAUUCUUAUCAACCUGAAUGGUUAUACAAAGGGUGCGAGGAAUGAAAUUUUCUCCAUGCAGCCAGCACCUAUACAGGUUUCUUAUAUGGGAUUCCCUGGGACUACCGGUGCAGAUUACAUUGACUACUUGGUCACUGAUGACUUUGUCUCACCUUUGCGCUAUGCAGAUAUUUAUUCUGAGAAACUUGUCCAUCUCCCUCAUUGCUACUUUGUGAACGAUUAUAAGCAGAAAAAUCGCGAUGUGUUGGAUCCAAAUUCUCAGCACAAGCGAUCUGAUUAUGGCCUUCCUGAAGAUAAAUUUAUUUUUGCAUGUUUCAAUCAGUUGUAUAAAAUGGAUCCUGAGAUCUUUAAUACGUGGUAAUAUGUGGAUGAUCCCCGAGUUUAGUGAAUGUAAUUUCCAUAUUUUGUCAUUGAACUUACAUGCA